GGAGGAAACCGCCUGGAGCCGCUGGGAGUGGACGCCGCCGAGGCCGGGAGUCGCGCCUGCAGACACAGCAUCUGCUCAGCGUGGGUCACCGCUGUGAGCAUCACUGACCUCAAGCCUCCCUCAAUUUCUGGUGCAGCCCAUCAGGGACCCAGAGCGCCUGGGAGGAUGGUGCGGAUCUUGGCCAAUGGGGAAAUCGUGCAGGAUGACGACCCCCGAGUGAGGACCACUACCCAGGCACCAAGAGGUAGCACUCCUCGACAGAGCUUCCUCAACAGGGGCCAUGGUGCUCCCCCAGGAGGUCCUGGCCCCCGCCAGCAGCAGGCAGGUGCCAGGCUGGGUGCUGCUCAGUCCCCCUUCAAUGACCUCAACCGGCAGCUGGUGAACAUGGGCUUCCCGCAGUGGCAUCUCGGCAACCAUGCUGUGGAGCCGGUGACCUCCAUCCUGCUCCUCUUCCUGCUCAUGAUGCUUGGUGUUCGUGGCCUCCUCCUGGUGGGCCUUGUCUACCUGGUGUCCCACCUGAGUCAGCGGUGACCUCUGGGGGCUGAUGCGGGUGGGCCUGUUGAGAGGGACUUGCUGGGCCUUGGUGUGAGAGCAGGCAUAUUGGGAGGGGAUCUGGUGGUGCCUCGAAAGUGUGAUCAGAGAGGGGACCACAGGAGUGUGUUUCCCCUUGUGGUAAGCAUGAGGCAGAGGGAGACGUUAGUCCAGCAUUUCCAAAGUGUGGGUAGAUCCCUUGGCUCCCCUGACAUAUUCUGAGGUGGAAUGGGGCCUGCAUUAAGUAGCACAAAAUCAGAGCAAGAACGUGAUGCCCUUCCCAAUUGUCUCAAUCCCUUUAUGCUGAGAAGAUCUCAGCUGGAUGCCAACAUGUUCCGAUGCCUGUGGAAGACUUGCCGACGUCUCCUCUGCCUAGGGAGCAGGACUUAGGCUUAGGGCAGGUGGGGAAAAUUCCAGACUUUUAUAGCACUGUUUUUGUUUUAAUGGUAUAUUUUUAUUGGCUACCUAUUGUUUAGGACAGGUGGUACUGGCAUUCUAUUUAUUGUGACAUUUUCAAUAAAUAGAUUUAAGUAAAAAUGA